AUGGUUGUCUCGAUGGACCAGAGCGUGUUGAGAGUCUCAGUCGAUGUAAAAUCGAAUGAUCGGCCAUUUCCACGGUUUGGACAGCCGCAAAGGAUCGGAGAAUAUACAGUAACGCGGGACCGAUGUGUGGUAUCAGGACGUGAAGAUGCCAAGUAUUUAUACGAAGCUGCAUUGGCCGAUGGUGGACGAGCACGAUUCGAUUUGAAUAAAGGAUUUAGUACGUUUGAAGAAAAGGUUGAAGGUGACGAGCGGCUUGAUGUACUGCUGGAUUGGAUCGCUACUCAAGCACCUCGGGGUGGACCACUAAAGAAGGUCUUACAUGAAGCAGACUUUGUAUGCUGGCGUGGCCUUUUGACUCGAAUAGCGGCGACACCGUUCUGCCCAAAAGAUUCGUGGGAAUUUGCGGCUGCACGAAUCGGCGGAGUGAUUUUCCUUUGUGAGCGGGAGACGGAAGAGACUCGGCAAAGGAAAGAAUCCAUGACUCAAAGGGAAAAGAUGAUGUCGUAUUGGGGAUUCAAAUUCGAGCAAUAUAUGACAGUAACUGAGAAAGGCGGCCAGCCGAAUGUCAACGAACCUGUAACGUGCCGUGAAGAGUUCGCAAUGGUUGUCAAAUCCACCCUUGCCGCUACGGUUGGGCGCCCUAUACGAUUGGUAUACAGUGGUGAAGUAGAUGCCAUUAACAAAGGUAAUUAUUGA